CUCCUUUCCUCUCCUCCCUCCUCCGACACGCCUCGGUUUGCUGCUUCUGUCAACCUCCCCCUCGUUAUUUUUUUCUUUAUUUUGGUAACGGCACAUGGCACCGCGAGCUCGUCCCGGUGCUUCCACUGCGCGCGCAGCCACAGGUGGUGUUCAUGCGUGCCAUCUUAACAUCUGCCACACCAGAGGAGACGACAGGGACUAACAGAGCUCCACCACCGCUGUCCUUCACUGCUGCUGUACUGACAGAAGAAACCCGUAAAGCUGCUUUCUGCUUUGUUUUGGAUUCUGCUGCUUCAGGCUGAACUGAGACCUGCUGGGUGUGAGAGAAGUGUUUUUGUCGAAGGGCGCGCAGAGACUUAACAGGUGUCCCCACCUUGGUUUUCACGAGAGUGUGUGCUGAUCUGAUCACUGUGAUGGCGCUAACGGUGAACCUGAUUGGUCCUUCACCAUGGGGCUUCAGAAUAUAUGGAGGAAGGGACUUCAAGAAAGCCAUAACUGUAUCAAAGGUCAAUGGGGGCAGCAAGGCAGAGAAGGCAGACCUGAAACCUGGUGACAUUAUCUUGGAGAUCAAUGGAGAAAACACGGCUGACAUGCUGAAUGUGGAGGCCCAGAACAAGAUCAAGAACUCAACGACUCAUCUGCAGCUGGCGGUGGAGAGACCUGAACCACCCAGUCCUGGACAGACCAAUGGCAUCAGCAGCCCUGAACAGCUCACUGGACGCUUCCAGGAUUCAGUAAUAGUGAGUCGAGAUGAGAACCAGAACUACAGAGAGUACACCAUCUCCAGCCCUGCAUCACUGUCCCCAGGACCCUACUCACCAUAUCCUCCUUCCAGCCCUGAUGGAAAGAGAGAGAGACUGACACCGACCACCAACAAGAGUUUCCAGAUGCGCUCAUGGUCACCAGAGGAGAAGAGCAACAGACUUUCCAGACCCCUGUCACAGGAGUUCUCCCCUUCAGACUACAGAAAUAACUCUGUGUCCAGCAGAACCCCAACUCCUCCAGGACGCUACUCGCCUCAUAGCCCCAUCGAUCGGGAUGUACCCAUGUCCCCUCGUCGCAGCAGUUCCAGUUCUGACUUUGCCAUGCAGAGGUUUGACAAGGACUCAGAGGUGUACAAGAUGAUCCAGGAGAAUAAGGAGCUACGCACAGCGCCUCGUCAGUCUAACACUUUUAAAAUGCUGCAAGAGGUUCUGGAGGCUGAUGAGAAAGAAGCUGCUCUGCGGUUUCCAGGGAAACUUUCGCCAAAUGUCCCCAAACCGAGCACAGCAGUGGCAGGAGUCAGCAAAUACCACACCUGUGAGAAGUGUGGCACCAACAUUGUCACGCAGGCCGUGCGAAUCACAGACGACCGAUACCGCCACCCAGAGUGCUACACUUGCACAGACUGCGGCCUUAACCUCAGGAUGAGAGGUCACUUUUGGGUCGGAGAUGUGAUGUACUGUGAGAAGCAUGCCAAAGAGAGGUACCAGGGCCCAGGCAGUUCCCCUCGAGCCACCGUGUCCCCUCGCCAGUGAGUCCUCCACUCCACACCUGCCCCACUGUGGACGUGGAGCGCUGCUUGUCUGCCUGAAACUCCUCCUCAUCUGACUCACUUACAGACCUUGGGAUGAUGCACAGAGGUGGACACUGCUCAACGAUAUGGCAGAGGAUGUUCUUUUCUGAUCACAUUUAAUCAUACUUGCAAUAUUAUGAUACACUUUCUUGCCCUUCUUGUAUGAGAAUUUGGGCUUUGUUUUUUUCAUAUAGCCCAGCCUGCACGGUCUCUUUAGGUUAUUCUUAGCUCUAAUGAUUUACAGCUGCCAUGGACUCCAGCCACAUCGCAUUGUACAAAGGCCAGAUUUACAUAACACCGCCGCUUUAGACAAACUCGACAGGAUUGACUCUGAGGAUCAGGAUUAUCAUUUGAAUCUGCUGCUGGCACAAAGGGACCAAAAUCUAAUUUACACUGCAUGCCAUUUUAACAAUGUACUGUACACAGACAGUGCUGUGUGGGUGUGUAUGGCUGCUUGCUUUCACAUGCAGAAGCGUGGUGGCUUCUGCAUGCCUGUGUGUGUGACUGUGUGUGUGCAUGAGCAAGAAAGAGGAAGGGGGUCCAAGUUGUUACAGACACAAAGGAGUUUGUGAAUUUUGCGCUAGAGUCAGGCCAAAAGCCCUUAAGUUUUUCUGUAUUACUUUUGUAAGCUGAAUUUAUGAGUAGAAAUAAUGAAACAAAAAAAAUACAUAUUUGCUGAAUUGUUUGGUUGUUUUGUUGAUUUUGAGGGACUUAAAGAUUCAUUCAGUAUACAAAUACUUUUGAUGUUUUUGUGAUUGAACUGUAUUCUAUAAUAUAGAUCAUUUAAAAUGCAUAAUGUAUGCACAGGACAUUUAGUGUGUAGACAACUGAUGAUACUACACUUGUCCAGUUACAGCAGUACUCGGAGAUACACUAUAAUGUUCACAGUUCAUGUGGCACUUAAUAAAAUCGCACAACCUGAA